UGAUGUCUAAAUACCUUCGAGAUAUUCGGAAUAAGCUCGAAUGUUAUUAUAAAAUAGCCCGUGCCAGAACGGACGAACAAAAGCAAAAGGCUAAGGUUCGUUUCGAUAGCAGAGUAUCACCGAACCUCCAAACGUACAAAAUUGGUGACAAAGUCUUUGUCAAACAGUCCCAAAUUUACAAUAAGCUUCAAAAUAAAUUCGAUGGAUCAUAUGAGGUCAUUCAAGUAUUUGAAAAUUCGGCAUUGCUCAAAAAUCCAGAAACAAACAAAACAACUAAUGUCAAUUUCGACAGAUUGAAACCAUGUUUUGAGACUUAGUUUCUCUUCCAGGUGCAGUCUGCUGUUUCUUGGGGCUGUUUGUACGGCCCAGAUUGACAUCAAACCCAUUAACAACACAUUAGGUAUUU